CGAAAUUGUCAUAAUAAAAUGUCAUUUCAUACAGAGAAGUCCUCAGAAAAAAAUUUUUUCCGAACAAAAUCGGAAUCAGAUGAAGUGAUAUUUAGUAUAAGAGACGAAUACGAACUUAAUCCACUUAUGAGUGUGAUAAGUGUUGUGAUUCUUGAAAGUUGUAGAGAUGAAGUGGAUGUUUUGAAUUCUUCUUGUCGAAAGUCAGUGAGUGAAAAGCAGCCAGUUGUUCAUGUACCAAUUGAAAAAAGAUACGGAUUUUCUGAUGAGGUUGUUCUAGAACGAAAUAUGCAGAUUAGACUAGGAAGUAUUCAGUCCGAUUAUUCGAGAUUGGAUCGUAUAAUGACUUUACUUAAGGACGUUCUGGAAUAUGGCAUUACAGAUUUAUCAGAAAAGAGAUCUUAUCAGAUGUUAUCUCGAGCAGUGGGGGACAUACAGGAAAUGAAAAGUGACGAAUCGAAACUUUUCUCUACUUUCAAUUUCAACUAUAGUUUGAACAGCAAACUAACAGAGGAGGCCCUGACAGAUAGAUUAGAGGCCAUGGAACAUAUAAAAGCGGUUGAUGAUCAAAUUCACAAAACAAAAAGACGUUCUGAAUCAUUCCUACAAGAAGCUGGUAUAAAAUACACCACUUUACUGAAUUGGGAGAAAAGUAGAUACGAACAGAAUCUUCUUCUACAAAGGAAUAAAGAAGAAAGAAUAAAAGAGUCGAUAGAGCACAAAAAAAAAUUGAUGAGAGAGGAAACAAAGGCCAAUGCUGAAAUGAUGAAAUUUUAUGUCGAGCAUAUGAAGGAUAUCAAAGCAGAUAUAGAGAAAUGGAUGACAAAAUAUGACGAAGAUAUGGAUGCUAAAGAUAUUGCCAUACUCAAACAAAAAAUGGAGCUUGAAGAUAUGCAGGAGAAAUUGCAAGAUCUAGAAAAAAAAAUUAUUAGAAGAAAUGAUGAAAUGAAUAACUGGAUUGAUUUGAGGAACAACCGAAGAGAGGAAAAAAUCAGAAAUGCUAUACAGAAGCGGGCUGCAACCAAGAUACAGCGGUGGUGGAGAAAUAUUUUACAGGAGAGGAAAGACGCCCUGAAGAAGAAAACAAAAAAGAAGAAGAAAGGAAAGAAAUAAUGUGAAGAUAUGAGGAAUUUUUAGUUGUUUAUUGGAAUCUAAUUCAUGAGGAGAGUUAUAAUUUGUAUUUUUCAAUUUAUCGAGAAUAUACUGCUAAAUAUUAAUCGCCAAUACAGCGAGGAAUAAGACUUUCUUGUACA